AUGCCUGUCGAGGCAUGUACUUCAGUCGUUCCCUAUGCUGAAAGCGGGUCAGAUGUCUACGCCAACGAAAAUCGCCCGUGGGACCCUCCUUCAGAGGCUCGAGGCAUCUUUGGAGGCUUCUUGCUCGCGCAGUCGAUCCGCUCGGCCCAAAAGACGCUGCCGUUCCCCGGCUACUACGUGCAUUCCCUUCAAUCAACCUUCAUACGCCAAGGUUCUAAAGACUCUAGACUUGUUCAUCAUGUCGAGAGAGUUGCAGAUGGACGGACCUUUGCCACCAGAGUCGUGCGGACCAUUCAAAAUGACAAGCCCAUAUUCAUGGCAUUCAUCAGUUUCCAGAAGUACACAACGAAGAAAGAUCCAUCAAACAUCUUCGAAUACGGGAUGAAGAUGCCGAGUAUGAAUAAGAAGGCUCCAGAGGACAUCGAACCCGGCUACCAAGCGAUCAAAAGUUACAUGGGUAUUCCCCCGAACAUCGUGGAGGCCCUGCCGAACCCGUUUGACUGGCGUUUUCUGCCUUACGAGACUACCACCGACCCUACGAGAUUCGAGUCGCUUAGUUUUGUACGCGCCCCAAAGGUUUCGGUUGACUCUCAAGCUGUUCAUCUCUCUGCCCUGGCAUACCUGACAGAUAUCUGGACCCUAUCCGUGCCUCAUAUGGCCUCGAAUGCAGAGUUUGGCAAGAUGAAAGGCACACCGGGCAUGCAAAUCACUUUGAACCACUCGAUAGUCUUCCAUGACCCGAACGCAAAGGUAGACGAUUGGAUGUAUCUCGCAUACCCAUACGAAGAGGAAAAGGUCCGCAAACUCGGGCUGGGCCUCUGCUUCUUCGCGUAA